GCCUACCUAGCGAUCAAUAGAUCUGAAGAAAAUUAGCUUAUAAUAAAGCGCGCAUAGUCUAUUGAUUUAGGGGCGACUAAUUACUCUUAAGAUAAUGUUUUCGAAUCUGACACAAAUGCCUCGUCAGGUUAGAGUAGAACAGCAGGUUAAAGCCACCGUCACGCCCGACCGAUUGUCUUCGAUACACGGAAUGAAGCACCCUCGAUCUAGCGCUGAUAGCGACGACCACGACUUAUCCAAACGCCAAAAACAGGACGCCCCGGUGAGAUAUGCUUGUCCUUUCUAUCUAUACGAUCGCCAUCGAUAUCUUCGGGGAGGCUCAUGUGGUCAUGGGUGGGAUUCAGUCCACCGUAUGAAGGAACAUCUAUAUCGCCGACAUGUAAUAUUCGCUUGUCACAGAUGUUUCAGCGCCUUCGAGGCUGAAGAAGAUCUUAAACUUCACAUGCGAGCUACUAAGCCGUGUACGGUGUCGGAGACGGCAGACCGGGACGCGCGAGUCCAAGGGAUCAACCAGGUGACUAUGGCCCAACUCAAGACUCGAAAGAGAGGUGCCAAUGAAGAGGCCAAAUGGUUCCAGUGUUGGGAUAUACUCUUUCCAAAUUGCGCACGACCAUCAUCCCCAUACCUGGUAGAAGACCUCCAUGCCACCGAUACGCAACAAGCUAUAGCCAAGGUCUUGCAGGAAUUAAAGGGUGACCUUACUACGAGUAUUCAUUCUGCGUUGGGUCUUAACGAGAAUCAAAUCGGUCCAAUCUCGACCCCUUUAAAGGAAGCCAUUGGGAAAUGUAUGAACAACGCGAUCAAAACUUAUGCUCCGACUACCCUACGGGAAUUUACACCGGCUCAAUUAGUGAAUUUAACGGUAGAAUCGGGGAGUGAAUCACCACCGCCGCCCCCAUCAUCGUUGGAGCCAGAAAACAUAACUACCGAUUGGGAGAAACAUCAGGAUACAUUGAGGGACCUAUAUGUUACUAAGCGCUGGCCAGUACCUAAGGUAAAGAAUGAAAUGGCAAGGACACAUGAUUUCAGAGCUACACAAUAUCGUCAAAAGUUCGAACAAUGGAAAUGGCCAAACUACCACCAAGAAGAACAAUCAUCCCAGAGAGUGGGCGUCGAGGAUAUACCGUCCCCUAGGGACCGUCCUAUAGAUAGACGUCAAGACGGAAUCCGUAGAUACGCCGACGCAACGCUACCUACAGUAACGUCAGGUUAUGGUUUUAAUUUACGGUGAAUGUGCAGUUGUAAAUUGUUAAAAUAUGGUUCUUAUGCGGAAUGCGAUGGUAGCGUAUUGUUGUCUAGCGUACUAUUGCGUGUUAAUGUAUCAUAAAGUAGAAUUGCUGAUUUCACUUCGAUAGGACUUUAAGAAUAAUUUCUACGUCGUGUUCUAAACCCUCUUGUUUCAUCGUCUUGUGGAUUACUAUCUUUCUAUUCAUGUAGCUGAAUAUUCGGAAAGUUGAGGCUACUUUCUAACAGUCGAAACGAAUACUAUCUUUUGAGUCUAAUAGAAAUACUUCAGAUACUCUAUUUAUGCCUACGAACUACUAG